AUGGUGGAAACACAGGGAUUUCAUCACAUGUUCGAGAAACUUAGUUAUACUGUUGUUAAUUUUAGUAAUAGCUAUUUGACGGAUCAGCCAGAUUCAUACUAUGAAACAUAUACACUUGAUUUAAGCCACAAUCGUUUAAGCUCAUGGCAUAUUCUGUCUUUAAUUCAAGUUUUACAUCUUCAGCAUAAUUUGAUAGUUUCAAUCAAUUACACCAUUGACCUUGGCAUAUCCGAGGCCCGGCUUCAUUAUCUAGAUCUAUCGUAUAAUAAGAUUGAAAGAAUAGCCAAUAAUGAUUUAGCUGUCUUAAACAACCUCAUGUAUCUUAAACUUCAACACAAUGUCAUAAGUUACAUUCAUCCAAGAGCAUUUUUAAAAUUAUCUGAACUGAUAUAUUUAGAUUUAUCAAAUAAUCAACUCCGUGAUUUGGAACGCAGUCAUUUUAUUCAUCUCUUAAAUCUUCGCUAUCUUUAUCUUCAAAACAAUAACCUGAGGGUAAUGGAAGGAAUGUUUGAUGGCCUCAUGAAUAUUCAGUAUCUGCAAGUUGAUUCGUACACACUUUGCUGUGCACAACCGAAGGCUGUCAGUAAAAUCCAGUGUUUGGCACCCGUAAACGAAAUUUCCUCCUGCAACGAUUUAAUAGACAUACCUCUUCUCAGUAUAGCAAUAUGGUAUAUGGCCCUUCUAGCUGUAUGUGGAAAUUUGUUUGCUACAUGUCAUAAACUGUUUUUGCAAAAUAAAAAAUCAAGUUUAUGUAAACCAUUCGAUAUUCUUUCUAUCAAUCUUGGUUUCGCAGACUUUCUAAUGGGUGUUUAUCUUUACAUCAUAGCAGGAGCUAAUUUAAAAUUCAGCGAUCGCUAUGGUUUUGAGGAUUUUUCGUGGAGAAAUAGUCCUUUAUGUACUUUUGCCGGUUUAUUAGCUACUCUUUCUAGUGAAGCAUCCACAUUUUUUGUACUUUUUAUCACCAUUGACAGAAUUUUGGCCAUUCGAUUUCCAUUUGCAUUGCUGAAUAAGAAAAUCAAGAUUGCAAAGACCGUUUCCAUGUUAGUGUGGAUGGUUUCUUUCCUGUUGUCAUUAUUGCCCUUAUUUGGAAUUGAGUACUUUAAGGAUUAUUACUCCGGUUCUGGAGUGUGUAUCUCUUUACCUCUGUCAGUUCUCCGGAAACCUGGAUGGGAAUAUUCUAUGGUACUCUUUGUGGGGGCAAACUUUGUUAUCUUUAUAAUGGUUCUUUUUGGGCAAAUACUUAUAUUUAUGGAUGUUGUUCGAUUUGAUACGAAGGCGAGCCGACAAUCGUUUUCCCAAAAACGAACAGAAAUAAAUAUAGCAAAAUCCCUAAUGGCGGUUGCAGUUACAGAUGUGCUUUGUUGGGUUACCAUCGGAACUCUAGGGUUUCUGACAUUUAUGGGCAUUGACGUCACCAAUAAGGUGUACGCCUGGGUCAUUGUUGUUGUUCUCCCUAUCAACUCUGCACUGAAUCCUCUGAUCUACCUGUUUUCUGUGAUGAUGAAUCGUGGUGAAGAACAGAGAUGUGGUUCUAAAACCGAUGAACAGAGAUCUUCUUGGACAUCAAGCUUUACAAGAAACACGGAAUCAAAGGACGGAUCAAAAAAGUAUCAACAUCGGGUGGAAGACAAACCAAUUUUGUCAAGCCAUGGAUCCAAAAUGAUGAAAAACAAAGGAAAUCGAACAUACAGCUUUCCUGAGAAAUUACACAGCAACCAGGGACGUAAAUUUGAGUCGAAAGUAAUCCAAGAACUCUGCAAACUCCUAGGAAUAAAGAAAACAAGGACUACGCCGUGCCAACCGAUGGAAAAUGGCUCAGCUGAGCAAUUCAACCAAACACUUAUCAAGAUGCUCUCGACACUCAACGAGAAGCAGAAAUCAGACUGGAAAUCCCAUGUUGCUCCACUCGUUCAAGCCUACAAUGCGACCAGAAAUGAUGCAACGGGAUACACCCCACACUACCUGAUGUUUGGUUGGCAUCCUAAGCUUCCCAUAGAUGUAUUCUUUGGUAUGGACUUAGAACAUGUGAAAGGAGAUCACCAUGGUUAUGUAGAGAAACUUAAGGAUAGGAUGGUGUCAGCAUAUGGACAUGCCUCUCAAGAAGCUAGGAGGAUAUCUGACAAAAACAAGAAUCAAUAUGACCAGAGAGUAAGUUUCUGUAAGCUUGAUAUUGGAGACAGAGUCCUUGUGCGGAAAGAAGGAUUAAAGGUAAAGAAUAAACUAGCGGACAGAUGGGAUUCAGAAGUUUAUGUCAUCACAGAAAUUCCAAAUCCCGAGAUCCCUGUUUUCAGAGUGAAGAGUACUUCUGGACGAGCCACAAAGACACUGCACAGGAAUAUGCUGCUACCAUUUAACCAGAUACCAGCAUGUGACAGAGUUGAAACUUUUGUUAAUAAGACACCUGUGACAAGAAGAAACAAGAAGCCAAAGAAUUCUGUUAAACUUCCAGAGUCCGAUUCUGAGAGUUCGGACAAUGGAGUAACAAUUGAAGUGAAAACAAGGAUACCUAGAAAUAGAGAUGAAUUCAGCAAAGAAUUAUCAGAUCAACAUAGUGUAUCAGGAUCUAAAGUCUCUAGUGUAUCAUAUGAUACUAAUCAAAAUAUUGCUUCUUCAUUUCAGAAUUCAAGUCCUUCAUUUCAGAGUUUAUACAGCUCUGGGACUAAGCUACAGUUACCUCUAAAGUCAAUAACUGAGGAAUUCAAGGUGCGUCAACACUUAAUGUUACAGAAUAGCAAAGACGAGAAGUUUCGGACAGCAAAAUUAGAUAUCAGGACGGGGAGAAAGUGGUCAGUAAAAGAAACUAGACAAGAAGCAGAAUCCCGCUUGAGACACAGUGACAUUGUCGGAAGACUGGCAAUAGGAAGGCAGGGACUUGAUGUCACACCAACAGCAAGAUAG